CGCCGCCGUGGGCCCGAUCACUCUCUUCGGCGGAAGUCCUCGGGGACCACCCACUUUCUAGAACGAUGUUUGGGCUCGGUGACCGAUGCGGGCCCCUCCACCAAGUCGGCGACGACGGUGGGGCCGGUGAUGAAGAAGGAUUAUGGGGCGUUUGGGGCGGUGACGCUCGAGAAGUCCAAGCUUGAUAUGACGCAGAAGACCACCAGGACUAGUCCCGAGCUAGCAACUGGUGGAGGAGGUGGAGAUAUUGGAAAGAAAAAUUUCCAUGGUGGAGGUGAUGGAGGUGAUGACGGAGGUGAUGACGAUGACUACUUUGGUGAUUUCGAUGAAGGUGAUGAAGGAGAUGAAGGUGGAUUGUUUAGACGGCGUCUUGUCCUACAGGAGCUUUUCGACAAGAAGUUUGUAGAUGCAGUUCUACAGGAGUGGUACAAGACCAUGGUGGAUCUGCCUGCUGGGCUUCGCCAAGCUUAUGAAAUGGGUUUGGUGAGCUCUGCUCAAAUGGUCCGCUUCUUGUCAGUGAAUGCAAGACCCACAGUAUCUAGGGCCAUCUCUCGAGCUCUUCCACAAUCUUUAUCCAGAGGUUUCAUUGGAAGGAUGAUUGCUGAUCCUUCUUUCUUAUACCAACUUCUACUAGAGCAGGCAGCCACUAUUGGUUGUGCUGUACAUUGGGAGGUGAAGAAUCGGAAGGAGAGGAUCAAACAAGAGUGGGAUUUGGCUCUAGUAAAUGUCCUGACUGUAACAGCAUGCAAUGCCAUUGUUGUUUGGUCCCUUGCACCUUGUCGCUCCUAUGGGAACACAUUCCGUUUCGACUUGCAAAAUACAAUACAAAAGCUUCCGAAUAAUAUUUUUGAAAAGAGUUAUCCAAUGAGAGAAUUUGAUUUGCAAAAAAGAGUACACUCAUUCUUCUACAAGGCUGCAGAGUUUUGUCUUCUAGGAAUGAGUGCAGGAGCAGUCCAAGGUGCUCUAACAAAAUCACUAGCUGCCAAAAAGGAGGGAAGGUUAUCAGUGACCAUUCCAUCUGUGAGUACCAAUGCUCUUGGCUAUGGGGCCUUCUUAGGGCUUUAUGCAAACAUGCGAUAUCAGCUGUUAUGUGGGUUUGACAGGGCUAUGUUUAAUCACUUUGAUGUUCUCGGCGUGGUGACAGCUUUCAGGAUAGCACUGAGAAUAUUGAAUGUUGAAGUUGGUGAAAGAUCAAGACUUGCUUGGCUCGGGAUAGAAGCAGACCCUCUUCUUCAAUCAGAAAACCUGCUAAAUGCUUACAGCAGAAAUCCAGACACUAAUGCCACUGACCGAUCAUCCCCAAACUGGUUCAUCUCCAAGAAUGCGAUCAUCUCUGGCCUUGGCUUACUUGGCAUCAAACAAGGAAGUGGAGAAUCUGAGACCUCAGCACCUAAAGCUCGAAGAAAAAGAGUUAUCAAAAGAAAGAUAAGUCCUAGCUCUGCAUAGACAAUUUUGACGAUAUGAUGGAAGAUUAAGAGGAGUUAUCGGCUUGCUUCUACCUGGAGUCGAGGUUUAAUAGAUAGGGUUUCUUGAUCAAUGUUUUGGUAGUUGUAGUUGAUGAUUCUUUUGACUGCGAUUGUUUUUGAAUGUUUUGUUCUAUGUUAUAUAGGUGCAAGAGAACAAAUAAGAUGUCUCUAAAUGUUUAGAAAAAUGAAGAUUGCUUUGCUAUACAUUACAAUCGUUGUUAUGUUGCAAUAUUCAACGAUCGAACGGAGAUGAUUGCAAAUGACCUUUUUUCCGCAUGUUUUUUUUUU